AUGGGGGACACCUUCAUCCGCCACCUUGCCCUCCUGGGCUUCGAGAAGCGCUUUGUGCCCAGCCAGCACUACGUGUACAUGUUUUUGGUGAAGUGGCAGGACCUGUCUGAGAAGGUGGUCUACAGGCGCUUCUCCGAGAUUUAUGAGUUUCAUAAACUGCUGAAGGAGAUGUUUCCCAUCGAGGCAGGAGACAUCAACCCCGCAAAUAGGAUCAUCCCCCACCUCCCUGCCCCUCGGUGGUUCGACGGCGGACAGCGGGUGGCAGAGAGCCGCCAGGGCACCCUGACCGAGUACUGCAACACGCUCAUGGGGCUGCCCCCCAAGAUCUCCCGCUGCCCUCACCUCCUGGACUUCUUCCAAGUGCGCCCCGAAGACCUCAAGCUCCCUGCUGCGGACAGCCAGGUGAAGAAGCCUGAGACAUACCUGACGUCCAGUGAUGGCCAGAGCAAUGCAGCAGAUAUCACGGGUCCCAUCAUCCUGCAGAGCUACCGGGCUAUUGCUGACUACAAGAAGAACUCAGGGACCGAGUUGGACCUGGCGGCUGGUGACACAGUGGAAGUGGUGGAGAAGGGCGAGAGUGGCUGGUGGUUCUGCCAAAUGAAGAUGAAGCGUGGGUGGGUCCCUGCAUCCUACCUGGAGCCCCUGGACAGCCCCGACGAGGCUGAGGACCCAGAGCCCAACUAUGCAGGUGAGAGCUACAUGAGCAUCAGGGCAUACGAGGCACAGGAGGACGACGAGCUGACACUGCAGGAGGGCGAAGUGGUCGAAGUCAUCCAUAAGCUGCUGGACGGCUGGUGGGUCGUCAGAAAAGAAGAUGCCACCGGCUACUUCCCCUCCAUGUACUUGCAGAAGGCGGGAGAGGACCAGGCCCAAGCCAAGCGCCAGAUCAAGGGCAGAGGGGCGCCGCCCCGCAGGUCGUCCAUUCGCAACGCGCACAGCAUCCACCAGCGUUCUCGGAAGCGCCUCAGCCAGGACACCUACCGGCGCAACAGCGUUCGCUACCUGCAGCAGCGCCGGGGCCAGGUUCGGCCGGGCCCGCAGAGCCCCAGGAGUCCCCUGCGUGAGUUAGAGCAGCCGCAGAAGCCGCAGCCUGCGGUGCCCCCGCGACCCAGCGCGGACCUCAUCCUGCACCGCUGCACCGAGAGCACCAAGAGGAAACUGGCGUCCGGGGUCUGA